GGUGAGAGCUGUGAAAUCUGUGGGGAGAGCCAUUUGGAGGGUGGAGCCAGGGGCGGUGAUGUAACCCUGGAAAGGAAAGGGGUCAUCCUGGUGAAUGAUGAGAGGGAGAGAGCUGGGGGCUGACACACUGAGUGUGAGUGUGCUGGCGCCAUGACGUCAUGAGGCCCGAGAACUGGGUCAGGUGUGUGGGCCAGGAUGAGGCCUUGGGACAACCGCACGGCGCUCGCAGGGAUGGGGUGGUGACGUCACGGAUUGGUGAGGGCGGGGCCUCAAAGGCACCGCUGGGCUGCGUGAGGUCAGGAACGAGGCAGAGGCUGAGAAGAACUGGGAGAGGCUCCGGACUGGAAUGAAAUCGGCCACCAGGAUGAGCCACUGGUCACGAAGCAAGGAUGCAGGAUGCAGCAACGUUGGCCAUGGACCAACCGGCCGGCCUGCAGGUGGACUACGUCUUCCGGGGUGUGGAGCAUGCUGUGCGGGUGGUGGUUUCCGGGCAGGUGCUGGAGCUGGAGGUGGAGGACCGGAUGACAGCUGACCAGUGGCGGGGCGAGUUCGAUGCUGGCUUCAUUGAAGAUUUGACUCACAAGACAGGGAACUUCAAACAGUUCAACAUCUUCUGUCAUAUGCUGGAGUCAGCCCUCACUCAGAGCAGUGAGUCAGUCACUCUGGACCUGCUGACCUACACAGACCUGGAGUCCCUGCGGAACCGCAAGAUGGGGGGCCGCCCGGGCCCUCUGGCCCCCAGAUCGGCGCAGCUCAACUCCAAGCGCUACUUGAUCCUCAUCUACUCCGUGGAGUUUGACAGGAUUCACUACCCGCUGCCCCUCCCAUACCAGGGCAAGCCAGACCCCGUGGUUCUGCAGGGCAUCAUCCGCUCACUGAAGGAGGAACUGGGCCGCCUGCAAGGGCUGGGCGGCCAGGAUGCUCGGGACACCCGGGAGACUGAGAUCUGGCACCUUCGGGAGCAGGUGUCGCGCCUGGCUUCCGAGAAGCGGGAGCUGGAGGAGCAGCUGAGCCGAUCGCGCGAGGAAGCGCUGGCUGGGCGCGUGGCCCGCCAGGAGGCCGAGGGACUGCGUGGGUUGGUGCGUGGGCUGGAGCUGGAGCUGCGGCAGGAGCGCGGCCUUGGGCACAGGGUGGCUGGCCGCCGAGGCCAGGACUGCCGCCGCCUGGCCAAGGAGCUUGAGGAGGCGAAGGCAUCCGAGCGGAGCCUGCGCGCCCGGCUGAAGACGCUGACCACUGAACUGGCCUUGUACAAGAGGGGGAGGCGGACUCCGCCGGUGCAGCCGCCCCCGGUGCGGGAGGACCGGGCCCUGUCGUCCCGGGAGCGCUCCACGUCUCGAGGCCGCGGCGCCGCGCGCUCCUCGUCCCGGGAGAGCGUCCGCGGGAGCCGGGGUCGGGGCCGACCCGCGCGCCCCUCGCCCUCGCCCACAGGUGGUCGCGCGCUCCGCUUCGACCCCACGGCCUUUGUGAAAGCCAAGGAAAGGAAGCAGAGAGAGAUCAAGAUGAAGCAGCAGCAGCGGAACCGAUUAGGCAGUGGAGGAAGCGGGGACGGGACGUCCGUCUCCUGGCCUCGCCAGACCCGGCCCCCUGCUGCCGUGACUGGACGAGGGGACGCCCCUAACCGCUCGCGAAACCGCAGCUCCUCAGUGGACAGUUUCCGCAGCCGCUGCUCGUCAGUCAGCUCCUGCAGCGAUUUGGAGGAUUUCUCUGAGUCGCUUUCCAGACGGGGUCUCCGCCGCCGUGGCAAGCCUCCCAGCCCAACGACCUGGAGUGGGUCCAAUACGAAGUCUACCCCUGUGGAACGCAGCCACCAUGAGAAACGUCCAGCCAAUUCCGGGGGCUGGGUCCCCAUCAAAGAGUACAGCUUGGACCACCAGGCCGAAAUAGAUGCACGUCUGAAGGCCUUGCAGGAGUACAUGAACCGACUGGACAUGCGGUCAUGACAUGGAGAGGGGGUACUGCCCCUCAUCCCCCACCCACCACUGAGUAUGGCAUGGGGGGUG